AAAAAGAAACUGUGCUCAUUACGAUUUACAAAAAUCGGAGCUACCCAAAACUUUUUUUUUAUAUCUAUUUCUUUUUUUUUUUUUUAACAAAUACAUUGCAGCAAUUGCAGCAGUUAUACGUCUAAUUUCAACAAUAACCGCCCCUGUGCGUUUAUAAUAUUUUACAUACUCGAUAUAUUGAUUAUAAUAUUCCAACUCCAUUUUUGCGGUUAUGUCAGAUUAUGAACUUAGCAAUUGCUGCUUUUAACGCUGCUUUGCGUUGCCGUGGAGUUGGGUGGAAUAAGGGUAAAACGCCAGCUUUUAUUCGCUACAUGAAAAGGAUAGAGGCGAUAGCGUUUGGCUUUUUAACGCUGCUUAGCGUUGCGAUUGAGUGAGGGUAAAACGCCAGCUUUUACUCGCUGCGUGAAAUUGCACCUUAAUACAAUGGUAGUAUAUUGCUUUAUAAAUGGUUGUAAAUCAACCAAAUAUAAAAGUGUAAAGGAGAAACACAUUCCUGUGCCAUUUUUUGGAUUUCCAGCGAAUCCAAUUUUAGGAGAGACAUGGAUAAAAGCUUUUAUUACUAAUGGCCAUACACAAGAACAUGUGGCAAAAAUUUCGAAUUCUGCUCGAAUAUGUAGCCUACAUUUUGCAGAAAGCUGCAUUGAAAAAAUUGGCUUUUUAUCUAGCCAAUUAAAACUAAACUCUGUGCCAACAAUAUUUCCAAAUACAUCAAAAGAAACAAUACUAGUAUUUCAUAUACACUUUAAAUUAGUUGGAAAUUCUGUUUUUGUAAAUUUUUCAUUUAAUUAUAUAUUAUUUGUAUAUUUUAAAUGUUGUCUCUUUAAUACGGAUGAUAUUGAAAAUACUAAUAAUUACGUUGAUAUGGAAAUUGCAACACCAAGUAUGUCAACUAUGAAUACAGAAAGUGCUGCUCAAUGUGAAGUCAUCACUCAAACUCCAAAUACAUCAAAAGAAAGUAUGGAUGAUAUUGCGAGUACUAAUAAUUAUGUUGAUAUGGAAAUUGCUACACCAAGUAUGUCAACUAUGAAUACAGAAACUGCUGCUCAAUGUGAAGUCAUCACUCAAACUCCAAAAAAAAACAAUUAGGUACAUAGGUGACAUUUCUGAAAAUGUGGAAAAUAUAUCACCAAGAACCAUUCUUAAAUUAGUAAAUAUGUAUAAGAAGUCUUCCGAAAAAAAGACAAAACAAUAAAUAGAUUGAGAGUACAGCAUUAUCGCCAGAAAAAGAAAAUUAAAAGCCUAGAGGAUUUAUUAUUAGAACUUCGUUCAAAGAGUCUCCUUUCUCCGACUUCAUCAGAUAUUAUACAGGUAUAGAUAUAAAACAGUAAAAACACGUAUUUGUGUAAUUACUUAUACAUGUAAUUAUGAUACAUACAUAUUUCUACUACAUUUAUAAUUAUUUAUACAUAAUUCGCACUGAGCAAUCGUGUGAAAGUGAGAAGAAGUUUAUUAUAAAAAUGUAUAGUAUAUAGAAAAUAAAUAAUAAAU